GCCUUCAAAAGAAAUCUUUGCAAAAAGGAUUUACGUGCUACAAAAAAAACAAAAAUUGAAAGAUCUGAUAGCUCAAUCAUCAAUGAGAAGGUCAAUUCCAAUAUUAUAGUUAACCAAGCCGAUAAAAGAGAGAAUAUUUUCUACGAUCCGCUAAAACAUAAAACCCAAUCAGAAACCUACCAGUUGACCAAAGAUGAGGCUCGUGAAUAUAUCCAUACCCGAUGGACAUCUGAAAACUUUUUUUCUAGUGAUCUUAAAUCAGCUAAAACUUCACAACCUUAUACUUUGAUAAAUCCAAAAUUUACUUUC